CGGCCAUGGAGCGGGUGAACGACGCAUCCUGCGGCCCGUCGGGCUGCUACACCUACCAGGUGAGCAGGCACAGCACGGAGAUGCUGCACAACCUGAACCAGCAGCGCAAGAACGGCGGGCGCUUCUGCGACGUGCUCCUGCGGGUGGGCGACGAGAGCUUCCCCGCGCACCGCGCCGUGCUGGCCGCCUGCAGCGAGUACUUCGAGUCGGUGUUCAGCGCCCAGCUGGGCGACGGCGGAGCGGCCGACGGGGGCGCCGCCGACGUGGGGGGCGCCGCGGCCGCCUCGGGCGGCGGGGCCGGGGGCAGCCGCGAGCUGGAGAUGCACACCAUCAGCUCCAAGGUGUUCGGGGACAUUCUAGACUUCGCCUACACUUCGCGCAUCGUGGUCCGCCUGGAGAGCUUCCCCGAGCUCAUGACGGCCGCCAAGUUCCUGCUGAUGAGGUCGGUCAUUGAGAUCUGCCAGGAAGUCAUCAAACAGUCCAACGUUCAGAUCCUGGUGCCCCCGGCCCGGGCUGACAUCAUGCUCUUCCGGCCCCCCGGAACCUCGGACUUGGGUUUCCCUUUGGACAUGACCAACGGGGCAGCCUUGGCAGCCAACAGCAAUGGCAUCGCGGGCAGCAUGCAGCCAGAGGAGGACGCAGCGCGGGCCGCCGGGGCGGCCAUCGCCAGCCAGGCCUCCCUGCCCGUGUUACCUGGAGUGGACCGCUUGCCCAUGGUGGCUGGACCCCUGUCCCCCCAGCUGCUGACUUCCCCUUUCCCCAAUGUGGCCUCCAGUGCGCCUCCCCUGACCAGUAAGAGAGGCCGUGGCCGCCCCAGGAAGGCCAACCUGCUGGACUCCAUGUUCGGGUCCCCCGGGGGCCUGCGGGAGGCUGGCAUCCUCCCCUGUGGCCUGUGUGGGAAGGUGUUCACCGAUGCCAACCGGCUCCGGCAGCACGAGGCCCAGCACGGGGUGACCAGCCUCCAGCUGGGCUACAUCGACCUGCCGCCCCCACGGCUGGGCGAGAACGGGCUCCCCAUCUCCGAGGACCCCGACGGCCCCCGAAAGAGGAGCCGGACCAGGAAGCAGGUGGCCUGUGAGAUCUGCGGCAAGAUCUUCCGCGACGUGUACCAUCUGAACCGACACAAGCUGUCGCACUCCGGGGAGAAGCCCUACUCGUGCCCUGUGUGCGGGCUGCGCUUCAAGAGGAAAGACCGCAUGUCCUACCAUGUGCGGUCCCACGACGGCUCCGUGGGCAAGCCGUACAUCUGCCAGAGCUGUGGGAAAGGCUUCUCCAGGCCUGAUCACUUGAACGGACACAUCAAGCAGGUGCACACUUCCGAGCGGCCUCACAAGUGUCAGACCUGCAAUGCAUCUUUUGCCACCCGAGACCGUCUGCGCUCCCACCUGGCCUGUCAUGAAGACAAGGUGCCCUGUCAGGUGUGUGGGAAGUACUUGCGGGCAGCAUACAUGGCAGACCACCUGAAGAAGCACAGUGAGGGGCCCAGCAACUUCUGCAGUAUCUGUAACCGAGGUUUCUCCUCUGCCUCCUACUUAAAGGUCCAUGUUAAAACCCACCACGGUGUUCCCCUUCCCCAGGUCUCCAGGCACCAGGAGCCCAUCCCGAAUGGGGGAGCAGCGUUCCACUGCGCCAGGACCUAUGGCAACAAAGGCCAGAAAUGCUCACAUCAGGAUCCGAUUGAGAGCUCCGACUCCUACGGCGAUCUCUCAGACGCCAGCGACUUGAAGACGCCCGAGAAGCAGAGCACCAAUGGCUCCUUCUCCUGUGACAUGGCCGUCCCUAAAACCAAAAUGGAGUCCGACGGGGAGAGGAAGUACCCUUGCCCCGAGUGUGGGAGCUUCUUCCGCUCCAAGUCCUACUUGAACAAACACAUCCAGAAGGUGCAUGUCCGGGCCCUCGGGGGCGCCCUGGGGGACCUGGGCCCUGCUCUCAGCUCACCCUUCUCUCCCCAGCAGAACAUGUCUCUCCUCGAGUCCUUUGGGUUUCAGAUUGUUCAGUCGGCGUUUGCGUCGUCUUUAGUUGAUCCCGAGGUCGACCAGCAGCCCAUGGGGCCUGAGGGAAAGUGAGACAGAUGCUGCGUCCCCAUGGAAAUGGCCACCGGGGACUACUGAGAAAUGCUGUGAAUGCGGAGGGAAGUGAUGUCUUUGGGUUCUGUAGCUGAGAGAUUUUUAUUCGGUUGUUUUUUUGUUUUGUUUUUGGUCUUUUUUUUUUUUUUAACUCCCCCCCUCUCCCCGACCCUUCUCCCACUCCCUAGCCCCACAGCAGUCUUUAGAGAUAGAUUCUCAUCGGCGACUCCGCAGCGCUAGCUGCAAGGUCCGUAUGGGACAAGGGCAGAAAACACUACAUAGAAUGCCAGGCCCAGUUUCUCACUUGGGGCGCAGCUGAGAUCCCCAGAGCACGGGUCUUAGCAGCCCCUAUUCCAACCCUUGCCGGAUGGUCUGGGACCUCAUUAACUUUGGUCUACCCCCACAUCUCUAAUCACUCACACACACAUACACAUACUCACACACACACACACACACACACAUGCUUUCAUCUCCCUCAAAAGAAAUCAUAGUAGGGUUUCUGCCAUCUCCACGAUACUGAUGUCCAACUGUUUUAAGGAAGCUGGAAGCCUACAGCAUCCUCUGGACCAUGGGGUCAGUGUCCUCUGGGAGCCCCUUGAGCUUUGCCCUUGACCCAGAGAGCCCCAGACCUUUCUGAGCCCUGCCUGAUGGCUAGCAUUUCACUCCUAGGACAAGCUCUGCUAUCGAGGACAUUCCCACCCCCCCACCCCCCGUUCCAGUUUGUCCUUGGUUUUAACCAUCCAACUUGCUGUUGGGUUUUAAUUCUCUAAUUAUUAUUAUUAUUGUUAUUAUUUUUUAGGACAAGUUGUAGUGAAUUGCUACUGAAAGCUAUCCCAGGUGAUACAGAGCUCUUUGUAAACCGCAGUCACAUGUUAGGGUUAGUAUUGAACUUUGUUUAGAUGUACCAUAAUUAACUUGGCUAGUUGAUUGUUUGAAGUCUAUGGAAGAAAUAGUUUUAUGCAAAAUUUUAAAAAUGCCAGUCUGGUCAGAAUUUGUAGGGGGUGUCAGUGCAGGCGGGAGCCGAGGAGGCGGGAUUGCUGGCUGGUGGGGACACUGUGUACCUCGGGGGGUGUCUGUCACACAUGAGCCAGUCCAGGCUGACCUCGUGCUGUGAGUUGAUCUGAUCAGACUGUAUUAAAAAUGUUAGUAUGGUAACUGCCUGCUCCCCGAGUCUGGUUUUUCAGGGGAUCUUUGGUGCCUCGAGGGCAGGCCAGGCUGUCUGUGCCCUGCACCUGGGAAUGGGAUGCUCAGAUCCCUGUACCAGUUUUCCUGGGAUUGGCAUCCCAUACGUGAUUCCUGAAUGCAA